GUGUUGUACUUCCAAUAUAUUAGAGAGUGUUCAUCUCCAUGGAUUACUAGUGAUAGUAACAGAUUUGGAUUAUUAAUGGAUAAAGUGUUAUUGUGCAUAUCACAUGGAUUACUUUUCAUAACAAUGGAGCUUAUCUCAUAAUCUUUGUGUUGUGUGUUGUGAUUUUCUUGGAUUACUGGAUAAUUGUGUUAUUAAUAUAUCAGUGUCUGAAGAACAUUUUGGAUAACUAAUAUCUGAGAGCCACCAGGCUAGGUAGCCAUGCCGCGUCUGAAAGUGACUGACAUAAAUCCGCACUUCAUCUGCGUGCUUUGCGACGGCUAUCUCAUCGACGCCACGACCAUCGUCGAAUGCCUGCAUUCCUUUUGCAGGACGUGUAUUGUUCGUUAUUUGGAGAAUAGCAAAUACUGUCCUGUGUGCGAUGUACAAGUCCAUAAAACGAAACCCUUGCUUAGUAUAAGGUCUGAUAAAACAUUACAAGAUAUUGUAUAUAAAUUGAUACCUGGACUAUAUCAAAAUGAAAUGCAAAGGAGGAGAGAAUUCUACGCGAAAUAUCCUGAAGCUGCUUCUGGUUGUUCGUCGGAGGAGAGGGGUGAAGGUGCAGAACAGCGGUUCAUCUACUCCCGCGACGAACGAAUCAGUCUGAGCCUGGAAUCCAUUCACGGAACUGAAAACGGUUCCGCAGAAAUCCAGGAAACAGAUGCUGAAUCUGAGAAAAAGAUUCCUCAGACGCGAUACCUGAACUGUCCUGCUGCUUUUUCUGUGGGCAACUUAAAGAAGUUCGUAGCCUUGAAAUACAGUCUUCCACCUGCUUAUACGGUUGACAUCAUGUAUGCUGAUCAUGUCUUGAAUGAUGAUUAUACAUUAAUGGACAUAGCUUACAUUUAUGCAUGGAAAAGGGCUGGACCCAUGAGAUUCCGUUAUAGGUUAGCCAAACGCAUAGCAAGAAGAAUUGGAGUUCAAAGAAGGAUUUGCAAACCACAGUCUUCUGUUAUCUCUAAUGAAUCUGAAGUUUCUUCACUAGAUUUGAAUUCAGAAAAUAAAGUAGAAGCCAAAGAAGACCAAGAAAAGAUGGAGAUCGAGGAGACUGAUAGUUGCCAUGCCACGGCUGUUAGUGAAGAAGUAAAUCAGAAUGGUCCAGUUGUUGAAGAAGAAGAUGCAGUUUCAGAGAUGACAACUGAGUCUUCGGAAUCCCCCUCAUUAGAUGUUGAGAAAAUGGAAGUUACAGCUCCAUCUGACCUUGUGAAUGGUACUAGUCCAAAUGAAAUUCCUGUUGCUGCCAGCAAAUCAGAAUCAGUAUCCAAUGAUACUGUUAAAGUAGUUGUUUCUGCAGAGAAUACAAUCUUAUCAACAGCUAAUGGUAUGAAAGUAAAAUUAAUCCACCAUCCAGAACUAAACCCAAAAUCUCGCAACAAGAAGACUGGCAGUAGGAAAGGUGGGAGGAGUUCCCGUUACAAAAGUGCUCCUGUGCAUCGUUUUGCUAGACUUGCUCCUUACCCACCUCCAAGUGCAGUAGUACCAGCAACCUGUCCUACUGUGACACAGAUAACUGUUGGAAAUCUUGUUCCAUCUGUGAUGAAUAGUCUUUCCCCUAAUUUAGUGACAGCAUUAGUGACUACUACUUCAUGCAAUGCAGGUAGGAAUAUCCAACCUACGCAGCCUGCAUCGUUCCUUACACAACAGCAGCUUACUCAAACAACUGUAACUUCACAUGCAGAUAAUUUAGUUUCUAAUCACUUACCAGAAACUGUGUCUUCCACGGCAGCAAGCUAUGUUUUGUCUACUCCAUCCUCCACUUCGGUCACAAAUACAAGUGAUGAACAUAGUUCGCAAGUCAUUACAGUUCCAUCUGUACAGCAUUCUGUCAACAUUCUUCCUCCAGUUAGCAGUUCCAUGUCAUCAUCAUCUGAUUUUACAGUAAAGUCAAAUUCAGAAUCCUCCAUUUUGCAAACAGCUUUAAGUGCAGUUGUUUCAUCUACGUCUACCACAGUUCCCUCCACGAUAUCUGAACAGUCAAGUUCCAUGAGCAUACAUGAUUCCACUGAUCAUCUUGUUACAGAAUCAGUAACAGUGUCAGCAGUACCUGUGACCUCUUCAGUAUUAUCAGAUAUAAAUGUAUCAGAGACAGUUUUCACAUCACCUGUCACAUUAAUCACAGAGACUGAGCCAACGAGUCCAAAACAUAUUGAAAUUUCAAAUCAGAUUUCAAGUGUGUCUUCAAACUCUUCAGAACUUUCAUCGGUAACAACUGUUCCAAGUACCUCAUCUUCUCAAAUACAGUUGAGUAAUAUUAAAAUUGCAAGUGCUGAAGUUACACCAAGUAUUACUCAAUCCAUUAACAGUGUAAGUACUAAUGGAAUAUCAUCACCUAAAAGUGAAACUCAUGUUAAAGAUUCAUCUUUUUGUAGCUCAUACACAGUGGAUAAAAAAUCAUCAGACUCCUUUAAAAUAAGUGUUAAAAAUUCUAUUUCAGCAGAAUUUAGUGACAAUGAUGAUCUUGGUUGUCAACCAGAUUUAGUGGUUGAUGAACAAAAAAUGGAUAGUUCUGAUAAUGAAGAUGAUACAGAUGCUGCUCUGCGUAAGAAAAUUACUGCAAUAGCUGAAAAAGAUGAUGAUGCUGAUGCAACAGAUGAUACAGAAGCAGAUAGUGGGAGAGCAAGUGAUAUAAGCAGUCAAGCUCGCUCAAGUUGUGAUGAUGACAUUGGUUCCCCCAUGCCUGUCGUUUCAACCUCUGAUUUGGAUCGGCAUAUUACAGCUACAAGUACAGUAACUUCUCAUAUAAAUUCAUUUACAGUACCAGUGAUAACUACAACACCAGUAACAGUAGCAUCAUCAGUAACAGAAGAGAAACAAACAAAAUCCAAUAAAAUCAGUAAUGUUAUUGAUAAUAUCUAUCGUAAUCAUGAGAAAAAAGAUAAAAUUGGUGCUCUUGACUUGUCAACAUGCCAACGAAAACCUGGAGAAACUGCAUGCUCUCGACCAAAAACAGUUGCAAAUCCAGUUCUGGACAUUAAGCAUAGACAGCAAGCUUACCUUCCUGCUCCUAAUAACAAGCAGCAUACUGCCUGUGUUCCAGCACCCAAGCACCCUGUGCUUGGACUAGUAUCCCAUUUUCAUAAUCUGAUGCCUUCACAAAUGCCAAUCCAUGGAAAAUCUCUACAUUCAUCUGUUCCUUUCCAUAAUGCAGCUUUGGCAUUUCCUAGUCAAAGCAGAGGAACUUCUUCACCUUCCUUAACUCAAGGAAGGUCGACCCCCACCUAUAAUACUAGCCUUGGUAUUGUGCCAUCAGUGCCCUCAGCUCACCAAAGUCUGGGACUGCCAAAUAUGCUCCCAUGUAUGUCAUCUGCAAUGAUGAACUAUCCUAGUCGAGGUAGUAUCACACCGAGCAUAUUGCCAGGACGAACUACUCCUUCUUCCAAUCUUUUGAAAUGUGUUUCAUCUCCUCCUCCAAGUCUAAACAACAGAGGUAUUCAUCAGAGCAGGCAGACUUCUUCACAUAGCCGAAAAUCAGAUUCGCAUCGCACGAAGUCACCGUCACCAAAUAACCGGAACAGUGCAAUGUUGUCACCCAGUGUCAGCCUGUCCAUGCAAGCAGCCUACUCUAAGACUUCAUCAUCAGAUGUGAGAUUGUCUCCUCAUCAUAGGUCUGGUUCUCUUGCAACAAGCCCGAAACAAAUAGUGCCAACAAACAGUAACACAUCAACCAAUUUAGUUCCAACAAACUCAAAUUACAAAGUGAAUCAGUCAUCCACUCCUAUUUAUAAAAAAGACCCUUAUAAAAAUUACAACUCUAAAUUCAAAGGAAGCAACCUGGCUGUAUUCAACCCAGAUCCAAAUGGGUAUCGCCAGAGAAUUGUCAUAAAGAAUCUUAAUUUCACUCCUCAGUCACAAAAGUCUUGAACUACGUUUUCUGUUCCAUAUUUUUUUUAACUGUUUUUCUUGUAUAAAAUCUGAGUUUUUGGUGAGAAAAUUAUCUUAAAAUAGAUGGGGAAAUUUAGAUUUUGUAUUUUUGUAUCUGCACCAAUAUUUAGUACAUACACUCACAAUGUGCAAGCUUCAAAUGCAGAUCUCAUUAGCACAGUAGACCAAAGAAAUCCAACUUGCACACUGUUUUCAGUAUUUUUAAUUAAAAUUCAUUUCGUUGAGUAAGUAAUACUAGUAUAUAAGUUCUUUGUGAAGUAUUAAAAGUAUAUGAAAUCAAAUUCAGAUUUUUGCUUAAAAAUUCUGUUUUUAGGAAAAUAUCAUGACAAUAUUCCAAAUGUUUGCUUAGUCUAAAAGGGUGAAACUAUUUAGCAUUUCUUUAAUUCUAAAAUUAUUAUUAAUAUUGAUUUAUUUAAUGACAGAUCAUAAUAUGAUAUUUUUUGAUUGAUAUGUUAGAUACUUUAUUCAAAUUUUGAUGAAUAUUGCAAUUUAUCUUCUCAAAAAAUAUAAGCACUUAUAUACAGCUUUUGUCUAAUGUACAAUAAGGGCUAAAAUCAAAACAUGAAUUUAUCAAAAAAUUUUUAAAAGCAAUCCCUGAACAUUAGAAAUAUUGUUUGCUGUAACUGAAUGUUUGCUUGAAGAGUGCUGUGAAUCACAUUUAACAAAACAAAAAAGAAUUAUUUUUGUUAAAAUGUCUUUCAUGUGUAAUUGAUCAUUUAAUGUGAAAUGUAAAUUUUUGUGUAAUUAUUUUAUAAUUUUAAACUUUCGUGUAAAUUUUGUUUACUGAAUCUAAUUCCAUUUAAGUACCUGUGCUUCAAUAUGGAAUUUCUCAAAUUACAAGUCAAUGUGCAGAUGUCAACAGUAUCAAAAUUGUGUAUAUAGAGAGCUGAUGUGUGUUAUGCUGUGCAGCAAAUGUGUGUUACAUCCUAUGUGUGUGUGCAGCAGGAAGGGAAAUUCUACACCACAUUUUUUGAGUGCAAUACACCUAUCAUGCUGCAGAUUGCUCUGAAAAAGAAAAAAGGGCUGUACAAAAAUUAAGAUUCCUGUAAUAGUGUAAAAUACGUUAUCAAUGUGUGAUGUUUAUUGGAACUUCCCAUAAAGUACAAAAAAAUGAAAAGAGAAAAAAGAAAUAAUUUGGGCUGGAAAAGUAUAUCCAAAAUACUGGAUGUGCUUAUGGUAUUUUUCCCCAUCCUUAUGUAAGGACUUGCACACUUUCCACUAUUUUUUAAUAUUUUGUAAAUACAUUUUAAGAGCAAAAAUACAAUUUAUAUGAAAAAUAGAACUUGAAGAUUGUUAAAUAUUGAACUGUUUCUGCAGAAGAAAACUUUUUUUGUGUGAAUAUAGUUAUAUAUUUUAAAAACUAGAUGUAAAAUAUUCAAGAUUUUCCAUUUUAUUUGUUUUCCUUGGGAAACUGGAAGAUUCCAGUCGUCAGAAACAGCACCAUAAGACAUGUAUUGCAAUUUGAAACACUUUUUACAAGUAGAUUUUUUUGCUAACAAAUAUAUUUUGUACUAUCUUUAUAUGCAGUACAACAAAUUUUGAAUAGUGUAGGAUAUGUGUUUUACGUAAGUUUCUGCACUGUUAUCAAAAUUAGUUUUAUUAUAAACAUAAAAGAGUGAACAAAAUCAACUGCAUUGUUAUAGCUAUUAAUUUACUUUUUAGGUAAUACAUAUAGUAUCUCAAGCACUCAACCAAUUUAUAAGAAGUGAGUUCCACUAGUACUUAAAGAGUUCAUGUUAUGCUGAGCUUACUUUGGUGUGGCAAUUCUGUGCUGAGAUUCAUAUACCAAGAAUUAUUGUAAUUGUAUAUAUGAUUCAUGUGAAAAAUAUAAGGUAGUUUUAAAAAACAAACAAACAAAAUUUUUUAAAGAAUAAAAUUGUUUUUAUUAAAUCCAUAGUUCUGGAAUAUGAAAGAUUUUAAAAGAUGUAUUACACUGAAUACCAAAUUUCUUAUUACUAUAGCGCAUUAUAUACCAAUCUAUGUUAUAUAGGAUUUAAAAUAGGUGUAUAUAUUUCUUUCUUAUAAGAAUGCUGCCAACCUCCCUGUACCUCAUCCCCCCAGGUUCACAGUUGACCUCCAAAUGCUCCUUGUAAGAUAUAUAUAUAUAUGAUUUUUAGAUCACUUCUUUUAAAUCCUAUCUUAUGUGAAAUGUUGAAUCACUAUUCAUUCGUGGGGGGCGCUAUAAAAAAUAAUUUUGAUACACGUAAAUUGUGCAAAUUCUACUUUUUCACGUAAUUUUCUUUGUGUCUGAUUUUUUUAAACCAUUCAAGAGGUCUGUAAAGCAUUUUAUGAAGAAUAAAAUAGUAUUUGAUACAUAAAUACAUGUUUUUAAUUUUGCUUUAAAGCUUUAAAUGGUACAUUACUGGAUUUAUCCUUACGAUUAAUUGUUAAUUUUAUUUUUUAUUUUUUAUCUUGCUUUAAAAGUGCCCUUCUGAUACAUUAAAGAUUUUUUUUUUCCCUACUAAAGUUUCCUUCAGUAUAAAAUUUUAAGCAAAUUAUAAAGUCAAAUAAAAUUAGCCCCCAAUCCCUCGGAAAAAAACAUGAUGCAAAAUUAAGAUUUAAAACAAUGAAGUAAAUAUUGAGUUUUUAUAUUUUAAUUCAAAAUCGUGUUAUAAGUAAUUUAAAUAAUCCUAAUGGUGCAUUAUAAUAGGACUUUGGACAGUCUAGAAACCUUGUGAAAUGGCGUCACCAUGCGGCACAAACAUCUCCCGGUUUUUUAUAUUUCAGAGUUCGCAGACAUAAUGUACAAAGUCCGUGAAAACAUUAUUUGCUGUAUUUAAUUUCUAACUAUCGUAUUUCUUCGAUUAUAAAACGUCAUCGGUUGCAAAAUGCACCUCUUAAUUUCAAUGCCACCAACGGCAAACUCAAAAAAAAAAAAAAAAAAAAAAAAAAAAAAAAAAAAAAAAAAGGUCCCCAUUCUAAAAGAAUAAUGAAGUAAAUAAAAUACACAAAUACGUAUAAAAAGUUUUAAAAAAGUAGUAAUUGACUAAGGUAACAGUAUUUUUACGUAAAUUAUUCAUUUGGGAAACUUUAUUGCUUCACAAUAAUUCCAAAAAAAUCUACGCUUCUGAGAUUAUCAAGGACGCACCUCAUUUUCUAGGAUACUUACAUAUAAAAAAAAGGGAGAUUGAUUAGAUUUGAUAAAAUACAUUAUUAUCAAAUCACUCAUAAAUGUCUCACUAAUUGCUUAAGAACCAAGUUGAUUCCUGUGGUUACUGAAUAACGUGGAUUUGAGCUGCCAUUUUCAGCUAAUUAUAUCGGGAAAAGUUUUCUGAUUAUAAGCCUGGUAUCAUUCGUAUUAUUAUUAAGAUUAUUGUGAAAACGUAUUGCUCGAAGUAAAUGUGCUAUGUACGCGCGUUUAGACAUCUGAAAAGCUAUUGAAUAAACCACUGUUUCUGACGACGUUUCUUCCAAAGAGUCUGUUACGUAUGUAUGUUUUGUAUGUAUGUGAUUCGUGUGUAGUGGGGGGAAAUUCCUGAUUUUUUUUUUUUUCUCCCGACCACUUCGCACGGAAGGAGAUCUGUUGUAGAUAUUAGUUUAGCUUCGCAGUUGGAGGGAAUUUCCUUGCAUCCUCGUUACUGCUGCUCCUGUUGUAUGCUGAAAAUAUGAGUGUAAAAUAUUUACCAAUAAAUGUAAAGUUUAUAGUA